GGGUUUUACGGGCCGAAUGUUGGCCUUUUGGAGGGUUUUACGGGCCAAUUGUUGGGUUUUGGAGGGUUUUACGGGCCGAUUGUUGGCGUUUUGGAGGGUUUGAUGGGCCGUAUCUUGAGGACAAAAGAUGGGCGUGGUGUCCUGCUUGUGGACUUCCCAGUAGGGAUGGACUUGGGUAGGAAACAAACCUGGGGAACAUGCUUAUAGCUUGGGUUUUUUUUCCCCCCCAAAAAACCCCCAGGAUUUCCCAUUCCCAAAUCUUGGCCAGAUCAAGAGGAGGCUGCAAGGAAGAGGAGAUGCUACGAGAUACCCAGGCAGCAGGUGAUGAGAUGGGGAUGGAGAACACGGAGGACAAACCCCACCGGGAAAACCUUGAGGAAGAGGCUCUUUUGAAGAGCUCCAUGGAGCAGGAGGUCAACGGGGAGGAAAAGCCAAGGAGAUGCUCCAUGGAGCAGGAGGUCAACGGGGAGGAAAAACCAAGGAGAUGCUCCAUGGAGCAGGUCAACAAAGAGAAAAAGCUGAGGAGAUGCUCCAUGGAGCAAGAGGUCAACAAGGAGGAGGAAAAGCCAAGGAGAUGCUCCAUGGAGCAGGUCAACAAAGAGAAAAAGCUGAGGAGAUGCUCCAUGGAGCAAGAGGUCAACAAGGAGGAGGAAAAGCCAAGGAGAUGCUCCAUGGAGCAGGAGGUCAACAGGGAGGAGGAAAACCCCAGGAGAUGCUCCACAGGGAGAGGUUGCAAACCCACCCCACGAAGCUCAGAGGAGGAAAGACCAACCAUCUGCGAGGAAUGUGGCCGGAGCUUCAGCCGGAGCUCCAACCUGGCCGUCCACCAGCGGUUACACGCCGGUGAGAAACCCUACAAGUGCUUGGAGUGCGGGAAGAGCUUCAGCCGGAGCUCCCACCUCAUCACCCACCAACGGCUGCACACGGGGGAGAAGCCCUACAAGUGUCCCGAUUGCGGGAAGAGCUUCAGCGACAGCUCCACCCUCAUCACCCACCAACGCCUGCACACGGGCGAGAAGCCCUACAAAUGCCCCGACUGCGGGAAGGGCUUCAACCAAAGCUCCAACCUGACGUCCCACCAACGCACCCACACCGGGGAAAGACCCUACAAGUGCCCCGAGUGCGGGAAGAGCUUCAGCGUCAGCUCCUACCUGAUCCGUCACCAGAAGAUCCACACCGGGGAGAGACCCUACAAGUGCGAGGAGUGCGAGAAGACCUUCAGCCAGAGCUCCAGCCUCAUCAUCCACCAGCGCGUCCACACCGGGGAGAAACCCUACAGAUGCGUUGACUGCGGGAAGUGGUUUAGGAACAGCUCGGACCUCAUCAGGCAUCAGCGGACGCACACGGGUGAGAGGCCCUAUCGCUGCCCCGACUGCGGGAAGAGCUUCAACCGCAGCUCCAACCUGAUGACCCACCAACGCAUCCACACCGGGGAGAAGCCCUACGGGUGUCCUGAGUGCGGCAGGAGCUUCACCGUCAGCUCGGCCUUGAUUAAACACCAAAGAACCCACCGGGAAGGGAAACCCUACGAGUGCCCCGACUGUGGGAAGAGCUUCAUCCGUUGUUCCAACUUCAUUACCCAUCGGAGGACACAUGUUGGGUAGAGAAGCGGCGACCCACGUUGGGUAGAGACCCGGUAGAGUCUCCACCUCUUCCUGCUUCCACCUGGAGGAACGCGGGGAGGAACGUCCGUUUGUUGUGACGGGCUCAGCGGUGAGACGCCGAUUAAUUAAUUAGGAAGAGUGGACUCGUCGGCUGUAGACCCCAAAAAGUCACCCCCGCGUGGUCAAGUAAUUCCUCCUGGUGGCAUCGAGCAACACCACGGGGACCACGGGGCUUCUCCCACAGCCAAAUGGUGGAUGGCGUUGGGUAGAGAGCAAGUUUUGAAGACACCCCUUGGGACUUGGCUUCUUCGGGAAGGAAGAAAUGAGGUGGAAACGGUCCCACAACCCCGUUGGGACCCACCGAGUUGAGUUCUUCCUCAUUUACCGGUGGUUUUUUUGUUUGUUUUUUUUUUUCACGUGAUGUUAUUUGGUGACCUCAUGCAACCUCUGUCCUGCCCAUCUAUGGUUCAUCUUCGGAUGAAUCAACUCUUUGAGUUGUCCAAAGGGCUUCAGGAGAAGCCGCUGCAACAUCUGAGGGAUGGAGACGGGCACAGCCCGACUCCACAUCCUGCUCUUGCUCCCUCUGCGGUGGCAAAAAAUAAAGAAUUUGGCUGCAAUAAACUUCUCCUCGCCUCCCCUCCUUGGUACGGCCGCGUUGAACCCAACACACCUCGUCUUCAUCCAGGCCGGGGCUUGGCCAUCUCUAGGGUUGAGUUUUCCCAAUGGUGCUACAAGGAUGGGAGAGGUGGGACAACUCCAUGGAUGCGGGGGGGUGGAGGACAGGAAGGGUGCCACCACCCUACGACGUAACCGUCGGCGACGAAGGUUGGUUUGAACCUUCAUCCAGGUUGGUUUGAACUUUCACCCGGGUUGGUUUGAAUCUUCACCCGAGUUGGUUUGAACCUUCACCCGAGUUGGUUUGAAUUUUCAUCCGGGUUGGUUUGAACUUUCAUCCGGGUUGGUUUGAACCUUCACCCGAGUUGGUUUGAACCUUCACCCGAGUUGGUUUGAACUUUCAUCCGGGUUGGUUUGAACUUUCAUCCGGGUUGGUUUGAAUCUUCACCCGGGUUGGUUUGAACCUUCAUCCAGGUUGGUUUGAACUUUCACCCGGGUUGGUUUGAAUCUUCACCCGAGUUGGUUUGAACCUUCACCCGAGUUGGUUUGAAUUUUCAUCCGGGUUGGUUUGAACUUUCAUCCGGGUUGGUUUGAACCUUCACCCGAGUUGGUUUGAACCUUCACCCGAGUUGGUUUGAACUUUCAUCCGGGUUGGUUUGAACUUUCAUCCGGGUUGGUUUGAAUCUUCACCCGGGUUGGUUUGAA